CACUUUACAAUAAAAUAAAAAAAUUAGCAAAGUAAAGUAUUAUUAUCAUACAGAGCACAUUAGCGAAUACAGAGUUGCACUCAAAGAAUGUGAGAUCAGAGUGCGUAAACGCGAAUGUUUGUUUGUGUAAAGGCGGGCUUCUCAAACAGUGUGAACUUGUUCACUGGCCGCGGCUGGAGCGCCGGCUCUCGACUCGUUUUGCGCGAUAGUUGUUUAUCGCGCAAAGUCUAUAAAGGGAGGUCCGAGCCGCCGACAUUGUUAUUUGUGACUGGUGGUCGCAAAGAGUGUGUCGCUCGGGUUUUAAAACGAAUAAGUUCCUGUGCUUCUGAUACGAUGGCUGCCAGGGAUCCGGCCAGCGACCAACUGGUCAACUACAAGAAAUCUGUGGCGGGCUCCCCGGGAGUGAUCACGACGAAGACUGGGGCUCCGGUGGGCAUCAAGACCGCCAUCCAGACCGUGGGCAAGAACGGCCCGUCGCUGCUGCAGGAUGUGAACUUCCUGGACGAGAUGUCGGCCUUCGACCGCGAGCGCAUCCCCGAGCGCGUGGUGCACGCCAAGGGCGCCGGCGCCUUCGGCUACUUCGAGGUGACGCAUGACGUCAGCAAGUACUGCGCCGCCAAGGUGUUCGACACCGUGGGCAAGCGCACCCCCAUCGCCGUCCGCUUCUCCACCGUGGGCGGCGAGAGCGGGUCCGCCGACACCGUGCGCGACCCGCGCGGCUUCGCGGUCAAGUUCUACACCGAGGACGGCAACUGGGACAUCGUCGGCAACAACACGCCCAUCUUCUUCAUCCGCGACCCCACGCUGUUCCCCAGCUUCAUCCACACGCAGAAGCGCAACCCCGCCACGCAUCUGAAAGACCCUGACAUGUUCUGGGACUUCCUGACGCUGCGGCCCGAGUCCGUGCACCAGGUGCUAUUCCUGUUCGCGGACCGCGGCCUGCCCGACGGCUACCGGCACAUGAACGGCUACGGCUCGCACACCUUCAAGCUGGUGAACGCGCAGGGCGUGGCGUACUGGGCCAAGUUCCACUACAAGACGGACCAGGGCAUCCGCAACCUGCCGGCCGCGCGCGCCGCCGAGCUGUCGGCCUCCGACCCCGACUACUCCAUCCGGGACCUGUACAACGCCAUCGCGCGCGGCGAGUUCCCCUCCUGGACCUUCUACCUGCAGGUCAUGACCAUGGCCGAGGCUGAGAGCUGCAAGUUCAACCCGUUCGACCUCACCAAAGUGUGGUCGCACCAGGACUACCCGCUGAUCCCGGUGGGGCGGCUGGUGCUGGACCGCAACCCUCGCAACUACUUCGCGGAGGUGGAGCAGAUCGCGUUCAGCCCCGCCAACCUGGUGCCGGGCAUCGAGCCCUCGCCCGACAAGAUGCUGCAGGGGCGGCUGUUCUCGUACAGCGACACGCACCGGCACCGCCUCGGCGCCAACUUCCUGCAGAUCCCGGUGAACUGCCCGUACCGCGCGCGCGUGAGCCACUACCAGCGCGACGGGCCGCAGAACAUCACCGACAACCAGGAGGGCUGCCCCAACUACUUCCCCAACUCGUUCUCGGGGCCGCAGGAGUGUCCGCGGGCGGCGCGCCUGCAGCCGCGUGCUAGCGUGUCCGGGGACGUGGACCGCUACGACAGCGGCCAGACGGAGGACAACUUCGCGCAGGCCACGCUGUUCUACACUCGCACGCUGGACGCGGCGGCGCGGACCCGGCUCGCAGAGAACCUGGUGGACCACCUGAAGGACGCGGCCGGCUUCCUGCAGCAGCGCGCCGUGGCCAUGUUCUCGCAGGUGCACCCCGAGCUCGGCGCCGCGCUCGCCGCCGGACUCGCGCCCUACAAGAAGUAUCACGCUAACUUGUAAUUUCACAUUCGUUUUAAGGGCCCCCGCGCACUAGGCAGCCGUGGCUCGACAGCCAGUAAAACAUGUUUCACAAAUUAUGUGUUGUGGGCUGCCUGGGCUGCAUAGUGCGCGGUCGGCCUAAUGGUUAAGGUAGGGUGCUAUUGUAUGUUAUACUUUAUUAUUAUCGUAGAUGUGUAUGAUAUUUAAUCACUAUAUUGCAUUUGACUGAAAUGUUAUUUGGACUUUAUAAGUACAUUUUUAUCACCAAUGCUUUGAAUUUUAUGCAAGUUAAUAUAUAUAUUUGUAUAUUGAUACAAACGCACGUAAAGAGUACAAUAAUAAAAAUUGGUGUGACUUAUCGUUUUUUGACGAAA